AUGUGUGAAAAUAGUGUGCUUAUAUUACUCCUCUGCUGCCACGUUGCAUCUCCAGUAAAACACUCCUUGAAGUAUUUCUGCACUGAAAGCCCAGGAGCUCAGAGCAUCCCAGAAUUUGUAGCUGUUGCAAUUGUUGAUGACAUUCAGAUAGGUGACUCCAACAGUGUAAGAGAAGCAACACCAAAGAAAGACUGGAUUAAAUUCUUUGAGGAUCAUCCACAGCACCUGGAGUGGUAUAAUUUACAAUCUAAUGAAAGUCAUCACUUCUUUAAGGGUACAAUUGAGACUUUGAGGCAACGUUUGAACCAAACUGAAGGUGUUCAUAUUUUGCAAAGGAUGAAGGGCUGUGAAUGGGAUGAUGAGACUGGAGAGAUUAAUGGAUAUGACCAGUAUGGUUAUGAUAGAGAAGAUUUUCUAGCAUAUGGCCUAAAGACACUGACAUGGAUCGCUCCUAAACCACACGCUGUCCUCACCAAAAUGAGAUUUGAUGCUCAUGAACAUCAAUUUGAAUCAAAUAAAAACUUUUUAGUUUAUCAGUGCCCUGACUUUUUAAAGGAGUAUUUGCGAUAUGGGAAGAGGUUUCUGCAGACAGCAAGUAGAAUUACACAAUCUGAUGAAAUAACUGCCAAUCUCUUUACAGUCCUUCCCUCAGUGUCUCUACUCCAAAAGACUCCCUCCUCUCCAGUCAGCUGCCAAGCUACAGGUUUCUAUCCUGACAGAGCCGUGAUGUUCUGGAGGAAAGACGGAGUGCAUUAUCACCAAACUGGACAAAACAGUGAUCAGGACCAACUGGGGUAAGACUGGAGAGUUUAUAAAACUGCAGCUUGAUAUUAUUAAGUUAUUAACUAAACAUUUCUUUUCUUCGUCUCAUGCUUGCUGUUACUGCUGAUACAUAAACAUGAGUCUAUGCAAGUGUAGUGUAAGUUUGGGUUAAAACAUGAUUUAGCCAGUGUU